AUGACCCUCGGCGGAGAACAGACACCACCACGGAACAGGUCACACAGACUGGACGAGGAAGAUGAGGUGGCGGAGAAAUAUACGGACGGUGAGGGUAGGACUAUGAAUGAAGAAGACUUACAGACAGGUCGCCUAAUAUUUGUGUGUGUCCGCGUGUCCCAGUCACCUGUGCUCGUCCGCGGACUGAGUCACUCCUCAUUCAUGAAGCUCAACUCCGCGUCGACUAUAAACUUGACCAUCGCGAGACAUCAUCGCUCAUUGUAUACGUCAAAACAAACAUCUUCACAAUAUUUUGAGAAUAGAUCUAUCUGCCACAGUCUCGUCUAA